AUGCAGGGGCUCCAGGCAGCUCCCUUGGCUCAUACCUCUGUUGGCUUUCCAGGGAAUCCAGCUCUCUUCCCUGCUGAGGCUGCCCUCAGUCUGCUGACUCUUUGCCUGCUGCUGCUGAUUGGGCUAGUGACCUUGGGUGUUAUGAUUCUGCAGAUGUCUAGUGAAAUGAAGUUAGAUUCCAAGGAACUCAGUUAGCUCCCAAAAGUCAUUCACCGCCAGCAGGAUAAUUUAUCCCAGCAACUGGACAACAAUAAGAACAUUUCCAUGGAGAAGGAAUUUCUCAAAUCACACGUAUCCAACCUACAGAAGAGGGAAGAGCAGAUGGCCAUUAAACUCUGCAAAGAGAUAAUCAUUCAUACUUCAGACCACAAAUGUAAUCCUUGUCCUAAGACAUGACAAUCGCACGAAAACAGUUGCUAUCAUUUCACGAUAAAUGAAGAUAAAACCUGGAGCAACAGUAGAAAGGACUGCAGAGACAGGAACUCCACCUUGAUGGAGACUGUCACCUUGGAAGAAAAGGAUUUUCUUAAGUCACAGCCAUUAGCCAUGACUUUUUACUUUUGGCUGGGGUCAUUAUGGCACCCUUCUGGCAGAAACUGGCUAUGGGAAGAGUCAGUUCCCUCUCUGUCCUUGUUUAGCAGUAAAGAACUUGGCCAGAUCAAUGGAUCCAAAGGAUGUGCUUAUUUUCAAAGAGGAAAUAUUGUUUCUCACUGUAGUGCUGAAAUUUCUUGGAUUUAUGAGAAGACAUCUGCACAAGUGAAAAUUGAAGAUUUGGAUUAA